UUUCCUCAUAUACACCUCAUACACACCACGUUAACUACUUCACAAUUGCAAUCUCUCUCUCUCUUUCUAUUGACUUUCUAUAUAUAGUAACUAGGUGCAAUAAUUUGUAAUAUAUAAUGGCUAAGUUAAGCUUCACGUUUUGCAUCUUGUUGUUUCUUCUGCUAGCCUCAGUUGUCACCGGAACCCGCCCACUUGAGAAGACUCCCGUCGGGGUAAAGGUAAGAGAGUUAAGCACACCUAAUGAGGCGACAACCCCAACUGUAGCAGAUGGUCAAGCUACCGGUGGCAGUGGCAGCCAGGAAAAAUCUCUGGAGAGGUUAAGCCCAGGAGGAUCCGACCCGCAGCAUCAUUAG